UUUUAACGCAUACAAUUGCUACAAAAUAAACUUUAAACUUUUUAUUUUAUUCAUUACUCUAUCAUACUUGAAAACAUCUUGUUGUGUCAAAAGUUAUUGAAGUUUAUUAAACAUACUCAAAAGUCUAGUUAUCUCUGGUUGCCUUCUACAUGCACUCCCAUCAUAUUCGCUUAUCGAUUAAUAGCAAGUUUGCCAACGGUAUGUUUUUACACGUUUAUGGAGUUCACGUAGAAGAAAUUUACAUAUAACGCAUAAAAUACGCAUGCACACAGCCGACACGUAACGACACGAGAGCCAAUGAAGUAUCAGUAAUAGUGCGCGCGGUGUAUAUAAUUACAUCGAAUUGUAUUUAUUACGACCGCGAUAACCGGUGACACGUCGUUCGUGCAUAAAUAUUUAUUCGUCGAACUAGAACGAUCAUCGCCCGGACAUCUAUCGUCCGGAAAGCGACGAUAACGCGAUAAUGUAUACAUAUCCGUUAUUGUGAUAUACGUGACUCACGAAACGUCUUCGGCAAAAAUGCGGUGGCCUUCGCUUAGCGUUAUCCUCUCCGAGGUGUUUUUAGCGUACAUCGUGUAUUCGAUAUACACGCUGUCACAAUUGUUCGUGUCGCCGGCCUGUGAAGACGGCAAACCGUGCCUCAAAUCGUACCUAAGCGAUCGGCCACGAAUGAAUCUUUACAUCUACAGCUCCGUCAGGAAAAAUCCUGCCAGCAGAGAUGUCGAUCCUGUAUACUCCACGCAAAACUUUGAUUACAGCCAAGCACAAACCAUUCCAACAAUAUUGAAUAUUCCACGCCAAACUCAGCAGAAUGGAACGUUGUUUUUACAUAUACUAUUAGUUCCUACUUCUGUCAAACAGAGCAGUUCAUUUGUUGAUUUGCAAAAAGAUAUAUUUACUUCAUAUACUACUAUUAAAAUGACGCAAUACACAGUACCUGAAGCAGAGGCAUUUAAGUUGUUAAGUGAGAAGAAUCCCACUGUAAAAAAGACCAAAGAAAUUGCUGUACGCCCAGUUUCUCACAUUAAAAGUCGUGUGACAUUUACUAUAAUGACGGAUAAUAUUAUGCUUCCUGUCUACAGCAUACCUGCUGAACUUAUGAAUCAUAUAAAAAUAAUUGGCAAAUUGACAUUCUUGCCGAUCGUAAGCUGUGAUUUCUUGCAAACUCGGCACCGGGAUCUUCAACGAAUGAAUCCGCAGGAUAAUAAGAUGAAUAUCACAGUGGAAUAUUCGCCUGUGUCUCUGGGAAAGCUAAGAUUGAUACUGCACGUGCAGGCGACCAUGGAGAACCUGAAAAAUCUUGGUUUCUCCGAUAAGGACAUUGAUGAAGUAAAGGGCAUUUUUGCGGACACCAAUAUCUACUUACUGGGCGGUACAUUUUUCAUCGCGGCUGUACACUUGUUGUUUGAUUUCCUCGCUAUCAAAAAUGACGUCAGCUUUUGGCGAAAAAAGAGUAAUCUCACAGGCCUCAGUAAGUGGACCGUGAUAUGGCGUGCGUUCAGCCAGACUGUGAUCUUUCUUUAUCUUUGUGACGAGGGAUCUUCUCUACUAGUUCUUAUUCCUACCGGUAUUAGCACUGUUAUCGAGUUAUGGAAAUUAAAGAAAAUAUCAAGAGUUGAGUUGAUUAGUAGUAAUGGCAUUUUGCCAAAAAUACGAUUUAAGACUGACGGCAUCAACGCAGCAGAGGUGAAAACCAGGGAGUUCGAUGCCGAAAGUAUGCGUUAUCUCAGUUAUUUAUUAUAUCCAUUAGUCAUCGCUGGUGCAAUCUAUUCGCUUUUUUAUCAGCCACAUAAAAGCUGGUAUUCUUGGAGCAUAAAUUCUCUGGUGAAUGGAGUUUAUGCAUUCGGUUUUCUUUUUAUGCUGCCACAAUUAUUCGUCAAUUACAAAUUGAAAUCUGUGGCGCAUCUGCCGUGGAGAUCAUUCAUGUACAAAGCGUUUAAUACAUUCAUCGAUGAUGUAUUCGCUUUUAUUAUAACGAUGCCGACUGCUCACAGGAUAGCGUGCUUUAGAGAUGACGCCGUCUUUCUGAUUUACCUGUAUCAAAGAUGGUUAUAUCCGGUGGACAAAUCGCGCAUGGAUAGCAAUACAAUUACAGAAGAGACUGUUGACCUUGGCAGUGCUAGCAAGAAAACAAACUAACGAUUAUCCGUUGUUUAUUGUCAUCGUCUUUCUUGGCCUAAAAACUCCGCAAUACUCCGUUGACGCAUUAUUGUAUGCCGAAAAAGACAGUAUUUAUAUUGCUAAUGUGGAAAUCUACUUAAUACACGUAUACGGUUGUUAUAAA